AGGUCUCGUCUCGUCCCGUCCGGUCCGGUCUCCUCCCUCCCUUCCUCCCUCCUUCCUUCUCUCUCUCUCUCUCUCUCUCUCUCGCCGUCCAACCGUACGGACUCUCGGUUUUGCCGCGAAACGGAACGGAGCGGACCCGGUCCCUCGCCGUCGCCGGUGCGAGAGAAUGCCUCCCCCACGCGCCGCCACCCCCGACGUCGCCGGCGACGAGAGCUCCGGCGCCGACGCCGGCGCCGGGGAGAUCAUGCUGUUCGGGGUGCGGGUGGUCGUGGACUCGAUGAGGAAGUGCGUGAGCCUGAACAACCUGUCUCAGUACCAGCACCCGCAGGACGCGAAUCCGCCCAACGCCAGCGGCGGGAGCGGCGGCAACAAGGAAGAGGCCGCCAAAGGCUACGCAUCGGCCGACGACGCCGCGCACAACCCCGGCGGUGGCCGCGAGCGCAAGAGAGGAGUUCCUUGGACAGAGGAGGAGCACAGGCUGUUCUUGUUGGGAUUACAGAAGGUGGGGAAAGGAGAUUGGAGAGCGAUAUCCAGGAACUUUGUGAAGACCCGCACGCCCACUCAGGUCGCGAGCCAUGCCCAGAAAUAUUUCCUGCGCCGAAGCAACCUCAAUCGCCGGCGCCGUCGGUCCAGCCUCUUCGAUAUAACCACCGAUUCUGUGACUGCGAGUAUGAUGGAGACUGAACAUGUUCCUCAUCAAGAUAAUACAUAUCAGAUGAAUCCCUUGCCUCGGCAUCCGCUUUUGCAAGAUACUUGCAACCCGAAUGGCUAUGUUGCAAUGGCCCCUUUCGUGAUGCCGAUUGGACCAGCAGCGUUUCCAAUUCCUGUUCAGAAUCAGGUCCCAAAUCUAACUCUAAUGCAAGGGGGCGGGCUCAGUGAUUCAAAGUCGAAGCUCGUCCAGCCGACACCUCUUGUCCCAAUCCCUCACGCUCCGCUUACCUCCGAUCAAAGUGCAAAUUCGAAGUCAACAAUGGAGCCUCUGUCUCUAUCCCUCAAUCUCUCCCUGCCUUCAGAUCAAGGAGAUUCCCCUUCAAGUCGUACAUCCUUCCAGGCGAUGUCUGGCUUCCGCGGUGGGGAGAGCAUAAUCAGUGUGGCUUGAGAAUCUUUUUAUCUUGAUAGAAAACAAGACAAGGAAGGGGGGACAAGGAAGGGGGUUCAUGUUUAGAUCAUUAUCCGGGUAAAGAUAAGAUAAAGGGGUGUAUGGGCGACUGAAUUUGAUUUGCCAAAUUGUUGUACAGAGCAUGGGGCGACAAAGUAGAACAUUGCCAUGUGCUUUUUCUUUCUAUUUAAUGCUCUAUCUCCAUCAGGUAUCUGUUAAGUUUGUCGGCUUACAUGUGACUGGAAAAAAUAACAUCAUCGAUCUUUGGCU